GGCGCUAGUCGGUCGUGUGUCGCGCUUCGUUUUAUCGUGCAAACUUCGCGCUUAGUUAAACGGUACAAUACGAGCUAAGCUCCUUUUGGCUGCGCGGCGACCGUUAUAAACGUGCGCGUUGCCUGUGUGUUUCUGUUUCAUGCGUUUCGCCGUUUCGUUUGCCGUUUGUGUUUAUGUGUUUUGUGCAGCCGGCGUUUGUUGUUGUUGCAGUUCUUGUUUUUUUGCAUCAGCUGCGCGUGCGUGCGUGCGUGCGUGCGUGCAUUCCGUUUGAUUUAAAUGGCGUUUUAAGUGAAAUUAAAAUGACGGAUGUGCUGUAAUUUGCACACUCACUUGUACACACAAACACACACACACACACACAUAUAUAUAUAUAUAUUUAUGCAGCACUCACAUACGUACAGACGAGUGUCAAUAAAUUUUACAAACACGCGGCAGCCCGUGGGGCGUAGCAUGUGCCUAGCCUUUUGAUUACAACUACACAGCGCGUGAUUACAACGCCCCAGCAACAGCAACAUCAGCAGCAGCAGCAGCCGUUGAUCGAAUUAAGUGUGCAUCGCCUCGUUUGUGUGUGUGCGUGUUUGUGUGUUUGCCUGCUGAUUGCCGUUUGUUGCGCCCGCGGCUGCGUGUCCGGCAAUUGAGCGGAUAUGCAGGAAAAUGUGUAAACACCCCCGCCCAGGAAGCCGGCUGCAAUAAGUGCUAAUAAGUGACCCGACCGGAUGUAUUUAUGAAUUUUGUGCGUUUGACGCCCAAGCGUCGCACAAUAAGCGCGUUGGAACAGUGGAACAAUUGGAACACACACAAUACGGUCAUGCGCUGCCGCCUCAAUAAAUAUUUGCCUAUGGCCAGCUAAGCAACUCUCUCGCUCACACACCCCAACCCACCCCUCACACACAAGAGACCGAUCUCGCUCGCUCGCUCGCGCGUCACGCACCGCAAAGCUUUUCGCUUCGUCUGCAAGUUUUUGCACAAUGCGGCGGCCAACGUCGCUGCCGUCGCUGCCGUUGCCGCCGUCGCCGCGUUGGCUGCGUCGCCGUCGCUAAAGCGCCUGUAAAAGCCCGCAAAGAGGAACACAACAAAUUUGAAAUUGCAACUACCGCCCGCUUGGUGCGUUGCACUCUGCCUGUGCCUCUGCCCGUGCCUUUGUGUUGUGUCUGUGUGUGUGUGUGUGUGUGUGUGUUUUAUUGUUGUUGUUGUUGUUGUGCUUGUUGUCAUUGAUUUGGCGGGUAGCAUGCAGCAGUGGCAAACGGUAACAGCUGCUGCGACAAUAGAGACUAACUACAAUAGUUGCAGCGAUUAUUUCAAGCACCAUCGUCGUCGUCGUCGUCGUCGUUGCUGUUGCAGUCACAGUCACAGUCGCAGUUCCGUAACGUGGCCAGAACGUUGCCGGGCAAUUAUUAUUUUGUAAGACGUUUUACAAUUUAAUGGUUUUCAUGAAUGGACUGGGAUCCGACCCUCUGUCAGCAAAGGAGGCAGAGGGCCCUCCGGUUCAAGUUGAACCAGUUGAUUUGAGUUUACGUUCGCCGCGCGCGAGCACCUCACACGCCACCAGCAGCAACAGCAAAUCCGCCACCAAAGCAGCCGCCAGCAGCAAGGCCUACAGCAGCAUUGGCAGCAGCAGCAACAACAACGGCAACUACAGUAAUGGCAAGCAGACGAGCUGCUCAUCCUCCGCCGCCGGCUAUGCAGCUGGUGCCGGUUCCACGUUGGGCGCCUUUGGGCGGCAGCAGCAGCAGCAGCAACAGCAGCAGCAGCAGCUGUACGCUUCCGGCGUCUCCAAGUUGCCAUUCUCGCCAUUCUUUGCCGCAUCGCCAUUCUUCUUCACGUAUCGACGCAUCAGCAAGCAGGAGGACAACAACAACAGUUGCAGCUACAACAACGGCAGCAGCAGCAGCACCAGCAACAGCGCCAGCAACAGCGCCAGCAGCAGCGCUCUCAUGCAGGACUACGAUCGCAAGUUCAGUUUGCUGAGCCUGUUCAAGAAUCCAUACAAGUUCGCCGAUGCCCAAACGGCUCGCAAAUGCUCCACGACGAGCAGUAGCGGCGGCAGCGGAAAAGUUGCCAGCGGAGCAGCAACAGCUGGCGGCGUGUGCUCGCCCAGCUGGAAGAGCUAUGCUGGUGCAGGCUCGCCGCAUGCGGCACUGAAUCCCGCCUUUGGGGGCAUGGCCUUAGGCGGUGGCGGUGGCGGCAGCCGCAAGGAUUGCAGCAGCUUCAGCGGCAUCAACUUUGGCGGCAGCGGUGCGGGCAGCGGCGCCUCGUUCAGUCGUGACGCCGCGUCCAAUGGCGGCGGCUACAAUGAUCUCUCCAAGAACCGCAAGGUACACAAGUGCGAUACCGAGGGCUGCGACAAGGUCUAUACCAAGAGUUCGCAUCUCAAGGCGCACAAACGCACGCACACAGGUGAGAAGCCGUAUGUGUGCACCUGGGAAGGCUGCAUCUGGCGCUUCGCCCGAUCCGACGAGCUGACCCGCCACUACAGGAAACACACGGGCGUCAAGCCCUUUCGCUGUCAGCUCUGCACCCGGAGUUUCAGUCGCUCCGAUCAUCUAUCGCUGCAUAUGCGACGCCACUGAGCCGCAGGCCAUAUGGAAAAUACUCACUAUAGCCACGCCAAGCCACGCCCACAACAGCAUCAUUAAUAGAAAAAAGAAAUGCCCCAAUGAGGCCUUUUUGUUUUGACGUUUUCUCCUUAUUAUUUAUAAAACACUGUUUCAUGCAUCAUUUCGUUCAGUUUGUAUGUCGUAACGCUUAAGUAGCUCAAUUUAGAUCCAUAAGCGGGCUCAAAGCCCAGUCUAGCAGUAAGAAUAUAGCCAGUAAUUAAAGGAAAAAGAAUUUGUAAAAUUUUUUGAUAUCACCUAAGCAGACGUUGCCUUCAAGAAGCCAAGUUAACAAGCGGUACUACGAGUAUAAUGACAACUUACUACUACACUACCUAAAAAGAAGAGAAAUACUAUAUUUAUAUAUAUAAUAUAUUGAUAUAUGGAUAUUUGAUAUUGAUAUUGAUAUUGAUAUUGAUAUGCUUAGUAUGCCUUUAUAAUAAUAAAUUUGUAUUGGUGCUAGCAACUUGUGUGUACAUAUACUAAACGAGAUACGUUUUACAUAUCGAUUAUACAUUAGCCAGUAAUAAGGUUUAACUAAUUUUAGUGCAAAUUUUUAUAUUGGAUGUUAAGUAGAAAAUUUUAUACAAAAACAAAAUAACCAAGAAUAUGGUAGAUAAAGACAAACAAAAAUCAGACAAACACAAGAGGCAGCAAUAUUUAUAAAUGACAAUCGUACGAUAAUAAUAAACUCUCAUAUAGUUACUUAUAUACUUAUAUAACAUUUGUACCAUACGUUAUGGCAGUUGCAUUGCAGUCUAUGUUUUAUUUCGAAAACUACAAAAGUCUUGAACACCAAACAGUUUCCAACAGAACGACAAAUAAUCUGUGCUAAGACAAAUUAAACAAUGCAUACAAAUGACAAUAUCUCAAUAUAUCUAUACACAGCUCGAAAAAGUCUUUGGAAAUUUUUAAAAUUGGCACAAUAAAAUAUUUGUAUACAUAAAAACACACAGUAGUUUUACAAUAUAUGCUAUAAAUAUGUAUCUUAUUUAUGUGAGUGUAAUUAAGUGCUAUUCUUUUCGCUUCUCAAACACACAAAUAAAGUGAACGUUUUUAGCUGGCAAAA